AUGAAUUACACAUCAAGUACUUCUUCUCAAGGCAUGCUGUUAUCAGGAAAUGCCAGCUCUUCAGGUGAUGAAUUUGUAGCGAACAACAUGUCACUCUUUGCUAAUUACUUGGAAGAUGAUUUAAUCAACAUUGCUUUUGAAGUUUGCAGUACUAAAGAAACAGAAGGUGUACCUGCAUAUGAUUUUAUAAAGUAUUUGGAGGAUAUGACUGGGCAUAGCCUUGAGAAUGGUAAAAUGCUCACGCUCUACAACAUGCUGGACCCAAAAAGGCAAAAUGUUCUUGUUGACAGAGAAACAUUUCAUGAAACUAUGAAAGAAUGGAUAGCCAUAUGCUGUCAAGAUUUCAUUUCAGAAACAGAAGUUGACAAGUUUACCACUACCACUAACAGAAAUUUGCAUUGCAAUGAUAUGAUGUCCUUCUUAUCUGAUGAGGAUGCUGACAUAUAUGAAGGAAAACCUGGAGAUUCUGAAGUGGACAUUUCCAAGUAA